UAGGUAUAAAACGCCCGUAGAAAUUACACUUAACUGUCAGUUGCUUUGAAAGCACUACUAAAGAAACUGAGUGUCUCUACAUUUUAAUUUUGUUUUUAGAUUCGGCCAUCAAUUCAAGUCAAGAUGUUCCUUAGAUUCCUUAUCGCUGUAAUCUUGCUGAGUAUCUGUGAUCGUGUUUUUGGCGCCAGUGUCAACAUCACAGAUUCCUUGUUGACUGUCAAAAACGCCACCAAGUUAGACAACUCGACGAAACCGCAGAAUGAAAGUUUUCUUUCCAACAUGAAGGUUCGAGGCUCCGAUUUAAAGCUGAAGAAAUUAGGAUUUAAUGUAACCGAUGCCUUAGCAGCUGUUAAUUCGACUCUGAAUUCGACAUCUGAUUCUUCACUAUUGAAAAAUGCAUCAUUGGGAGGCCGUGCCAUGAAGGUGCAGCAAUUGUUAAAGCACAAGCUUAAGGCCAACGCGACUCACGCCAAUGUCUCAAACACCUCGUCGCAUUUGAAUUCGACUAGCAAUUCGACAUCAGAUGCUCUGCAAAUGAAAAAUGCUUCUAAAAUUGUCGAACGUGGGGUUUUCGUCGUCAUGUUUGACAGCAAGCAGGCAUUGCUGGAUAUUGCCAAUAAUACUUCUGAGGAUGCAAGUGACGCAUCCGAUUUAUUCUCACUGCUGACCAACUCCUCGUCAGUGAUGAAUGAGACCGAGUCUGGGCAAUUGUUGGAUGAAUCCAACAAUUCAAACAGCUCCGCUAGCCUAGGUGAGCUCUGAGUUCUUUUUCAUCGCCACUUUCAUCCAAACAAACAACGCCGCCGUCAUCAUCGCUUACGGGUGUUUCUCCUCGGUCGUCAAUGGAAUCCGCUAUUGAACCCUCAGAAUCCCUGCUAUUGUAUCCCUGCUAUUGUUUUUUGCUUUAGCUUCACGAUUGAGUUCUGCCAACAGCAACGAUGAUGCGUCCAAACUCGCCCCAAUUCAUGGAAAUCGGCAAAGAGUCCAGCUCCUUUUCCGCGACCGAUAUUAUUCGGACCACCCUUGGCGUGAUUCUCCAGGUAAUCUUGGUACAUCCUUAUCUGCAGAGGCGACAACUUUACUGACACGACGUGUUAGUGAACUUCACUAGCACGACGUGUCAGUGAACUAACACUACGUGUUAGUGAACUUCACUAACACGACGUGUUAGUGAAGUUGUCGGAACUGCAGAUCAAGAUGUACCAGUAUUACCUGGAGAAUACGUACGUAUUCGUGCUUAGGAGGUAUUAAUUGAGUCAGAACGGCGUAAUUUAAGCGUUGCACGGAAUCUUCGAGCAAUUUGUGCAAUACAUAGGCUCGUCGUUUCAUAAUCCAAUUUUCGUCAUGGAAAUCGAAUUUCGCUAAUUCUUGUAUAAAAUUAUGAUCCCUGUAAAAACUUGUUUUAAAUGUGUACAGAAUUGUAUUUUAAAUUAUUAUAUAAAUCGCAUCCAUUAAAUCCAAUCUAAAUAAUGGUAAAUAUAACUUGCACUAGUCAAUACAUUAUUAACAA